GCCUGGAGUAAUCAAGAAAUCAAACAAAUUCUGUUGCAUCAGUCAACUGAUUUGGUCCAUAAACAACUCAAUAAAGCCCUAUUAUGCUCAAGAUUUCUACCCGUGUGGAGGGCAAGAGGCGUUGCAUCCAUGUUGUGAUAACUUGUGUGAUGUGCGAUCGUGAUUGAGGUUUGUAAAAGACCGGUAACUAUGGCAAGUUCCGGUGGAGCAAGGAAAAAAUCCAUCGGUACAUCCAGUACCGCGGCAGCGUUCAACCGAAAGCCAAGUAACGCGAGCAAGAAACCGUCCGUGAUACCAGCUAAUUGUGCGACUAGGAUUAAAGAGCUGGAAGACCAAGUGUCAGACCCCAAGAGAAGACUUGGGGAGCUGCGUAAAGCAAAGAGUCAAACCAUUGUCAAGAAAGACAAGAAGUAUGUCACAUCUGAUGCCCCACAACUUGGUCAGAAAACAGGAGUGUUAUCCCAUGACCUAGACGCUUACAAAAAACAAAUAAGAGAGUUGCAGGUUAAACUAAGGCAACUUGAAAAAGAAAAAGCAAAGGCAGAAGAGAUGUUGAAGACAGAUAUUCUGCAACUUAAACAGCAGUUAUCUUCACAGGAAAAGGAGUCACAAAAUAAUGAUUAUCUCAGACAGCUGCAGGAGGAGAAUCAAUCCCUGAAGGACGAAUGUGAGAAAUUACGAGUCCAGAAUACUGAUCUCAAGAUGCGCACAGACGACCUUCUAGAGGCACUGAGCAAGAAAGAGGCCCAGUGGUGUGAGAGGGAGGAGGAGCUUAAACAAGAGGUCAAACUUUCCUGGCAAGAGAAAUACCAUGAAUGGAUGGCGAUGACAGAAAAGAAGAUAGAGGAACUUCAAAUGGCAAACAACUUUUUGAGGAAGAUUAUUGAUAAGGGGAAGCCACAAAAUAUGACCAAGCCCCUGCGUGAUCUUCUGAACAAGGACAGUGCAUGGGUAUAGGGUGAGCCACAACAAAGAUGGUUGGAUAACAUAAAGCAUGCACCAAGCGCAGUCCCUGUCCUAGCGAUAUAUGCCCAAUGAAGGAAACCAAGGUCUCUGCGGAUGCAUCCUCGUAUGGACAAGGUGUUGUGUAACCUAAGCCGAUGUAGACGGUAACUGGAAACCUUUGAAGUAUAUCUCAAGAACCAUCAGCGAGACUGAGCAACGCUAUGCAAAAGAUGAUGUAGAUUGAGCGUUGUACCAGGCUUGGAGGGGUUGCCGACAUCGGGAAUGUGGAAUCUC